CUUUGCAUUAUGACCACUAGUAGUUCCUUCCAUAGGUCCCUACGGUUUAUUACUUUAAGGAUUAAGGAAGGAGGUUGUGUGUUUGCAUCACGCCCCUCUCACUCUGGCGCACACUAGGACAGACUCUGCGCGCUUUGCUUCAAUCAGGCUGCACAGAUCCGGACCUGGUUGCACAACAAUGCGGACCAAGCCACAAAAAAAAAGUUUGAAAUCUUAUCCUUUUUGCACACAGGUCUGUCGGUGAGGAGUCUCUGGAGUGAGUGACAGCGACAUGGAUCAGACUACAAGUGUUGGUUUCUCUGCAUCCACUGUGGAAAGUCAUUUGAAGAGUCAUGGAGACAUGAAGAUCAUUUAGUUUCUCCAUACUGGAUUAGUAGCAAGAACUCUGAAGGUUUACAGCUGGAGUAUUAGUUAAGCUUCUGUUAUUUUCAAUAGCAUCUAGUGUUUUGUUUUUUACAACUCUUGGAUAAUCACCCACAGUGUGGAGUCACUUUUGGAGACGUUUUUGGAUCAGAAUUACGCACUAGAGACGUUUUUUUGGAUCCCAAUUACGCACUAGAGACGUUUUUGGAUCAGAAUAACGCACUGGAAACGUUUUUGGAUCAGAAUUACGCACUUUUGGAGACGUUUUUGGAUCACAAUUACGCACUGGAGACGUUUUUGGAUCAAAAUUACGCACUAGAGACGUUUUUGGAUCACAAUUACGCACUGGAGACGUUUUUGGAUGAGAAUUACGCACGGGAUUCCUCUAACAAAUGACAGCUUUUAAGUGGUUUAUUACUCCCUCACUUCAUCCUCUCAGCUCCCUGCAUCUCAUAGAUCCACCGUAUCACUCCCCUCCUCACCAGGUUUAGACUUGGAGGAGUAAAAAGCCUCCUGGAGGAUGUGGAGAGGAGGUUUCCAGAUGUCCGCCACCGCGUUUGUGACUCUUCUCCUGGUUGUUAUGGACGUGAAGGCCAGUGGAGAGUACUGCCACGGUUGGCACGACAACCAGGGUGCGUGGAAGGAAGGCUUCCAGUGUCCGGAGAAGAUCGAUGGAGUUGAAUCGAUCAUCUGCUGCGGGAAGUGCGAGCUGCGCUACUGCUGCGGCAGCACCGAGGCGAGGCUGGACCAGGGCAGCUGCGAUAACGACCGGCAGGCUCAGGAUCCAGGCACAGCGAGCAAGGAGAACAAGGACUCAGCUGCAGUUCCCAUCUAUGUGCCCUUCCUGAUCGUGGGCUCGGUGUUUGUAGCGUUCAUCCUGGUGGGCUCUGUGGUCGCCGUGUGCUGCUGCCGCUGCCUCCGGCCCAAGCAGGAGCUGUCGUCAGGAGGUGCGACAGGAGGAGGCGCCGGUGGCGGUCGCCUCCUUGAGACCAUCCCUAUGAUGGCCAGCGUGGGGACCUCCAGGGGUUCCUCGUCCCGCCAGUCCAGCACGGCCACCUCGUCCAGCUCCUCCGCGCCGCCCGCCGCACCCCGCCAAGCUCCCCCUCAACUCAUGCGGGCCCAGGCCUCCUGCUGCCUGCCCCCGGACGCCAGCGUCUUCGUCAACAUGCCCACCAACUUCUCUGUGCUCAACUGCCAGCAGGCCACGCAAAUCAUGCCUCACCAGGGACAGUUUCUUCACCCGCAGUACAUCGGCUACGCCCACCCUGCCACGACCUACCUGGACCCCACUCAGGGCGGGUACAGACCCCUCCAGUCACCCUGCCCUCCUCCAAAUGUUGGGUGCAGUGUCUCCAAUGACCAGAAAUACCCCGCAGUGACUGUAUGAUGAACCCGCAGACCACUCUGCCACUUUGUUGAACCUGUGAGGACCGCGCCAGAGACCUUUAGGGGCCGCUGCCAGAGUGGAAAAAAAGAAAAGGCAGGGACUCACAUGAAGGACUCAUAAAGCCGUUGCUGGCUGCAGGGCCUGCCUUGCUAUUGUGUGCGGUGUGCGUCUGUUUAGUGUGUCAUAUGAUCUCUUGGCGAGUCGGAAUGAGCUAAGCUCAACCUAUGACGGACGCAUAAACAAUUUUCUGUCUUGAUGCAAAGACGAAACUGCCUAUAGGAGGGUUACACAGCCCAGAUGGGCGAUCAUGCACAGCUCACUGCAGCUCAAAUAAAGUCUGUGCGUGUGUUUGUGUUGCAUGUGUGCGUAUGCGAGAGUGAGAAAAAGAUUUGUUGGCUUAUUUGUGCUGGAGUGAGUGAUGACUGGAUGAUUUAUAGCAGUGAACUGUAUGAAAAAAAAAAAAAAAUUAUGACCACAUGCUGUGUUUAUGCCAUGUGCACAUCUGCACUUGUGAAUGGUUGUGAGUGGUUUAUACAGUAUGCGUUUGUUUGUGUUGAAAGCGUGAGGAGAGAAAGCAUGUUUGUACUGUAUGUGUGCGAGUCGGCACAGAGGAGGGAUGUGGUUGCAUGAGUUAACUGUGAGUGAACUGAUGGGAAAGGCAGGUGGUGAUCUCCCUGUAGACCAUUUAAACUCUAAUGAAGUGAACACAGGACAUAGACUGUGACGCUCCACCCUACGAUACAAACCCCCCUCCUGCCACCCAAAAAGAAAAAAACACAAAAAAACUGCCCUGAGCGGAAACACACUCACACCCACCAAAAAAAAAAGUAAAUAUUCAAGCAAGCCUGGCAGUUAAUGUACCCGACAAGUGUGUGGCAGAGAAGGCAGCUCUUUGAAGAUUGCCAAGUUAAUUAUACAGUGAAAACUGCCCCGUUCACUUCUCUCCUGUGAGAUGUGUGUGUGUGUGUGUUUAACACUACCACAGUUCAGUGCGUUAGCAGAGGGCACGGGCAGCUCCAGGGCAGCUUUGACUCAUUAUUUCCCACUUAAGAACAGCACAGAAAUGGUUGUUAAUCUAAAAACAAUGAGUCAAAGUUGCUUUUUUUUUUUUUCCCUGUUGUGCAGCUGGGUCACCGGUAACAUGCAACUUGAGGAAUGUGCUGCUCCACUGAGCGUGCAGCCCGAGAUGUCCCAAAGAAACUGAAACUGGUAUGUUUGUGUGUACCUCAUCUGUACGCCGAGCACAAUGUCUGUAAUAUGCGAUAGGCAGCUUGUGUGUGUGACAAAAUAAGAGCAUCUGUAAAAUGAAAAUUGGUCCAAUUUGAUGCAGGAGUUUUUUCAUAUGAAUUAAAAAAAUAAAUAAACAACUUUUAAACAGAAA